CGCUAGACUUAAAUUCUCGCACUUUUCUGUUGGUUUCGUAGUAAAUGUUCGCAUUUCGCUGUUAAAUCAAAGCAAAACAAUCGAAAAAAACGAGAAAAAACACCUAAUUGGAUAACAAAUUGAAUAAAGUUGAAAUGCCAUUAUAAAGUGCACUCUAAUAUCGUAAACAAAAGUGUUUUGAUUGUUUGUGCAGGUGCAAAAUCGAUCUAGUGAACUGAAAACUGCCCCCAAAAUCGGCCGAGUUAGCGCAUUAUUGCCCCGAUUGUUGUUAUUGGAAAAUGUUGUUCGUUUGGGAAAAUUGUGCCAUCGUUUUUUCGUAGUGUGUGCGGCGUGUGUGUGUGUGUGUGUGCGUGUCGAGUGUGUGUGCCAGUAAAUUAAGUUAAUUAAAAAUUUAGCUAACUCUCGAUUUUGCCGCCCCCGCCAUGAGUAACUACCAUCCGCAUUCGCAUCCGCACGCGCUAUCGCAUCCGCAUCCGCAGCAGGUCCAGAAUCAGCUGCUCAAUCCUCUCCAGAACCAGUUGCCGCCCACGCAGCGUCACAACCAUGCCACGCCCACCCCUGGGGCAGCCUCCGCCUCUGGAGCAUCAUCCUCAUCAUCAUCCAUCCUGAUGGCCCAUCCUCCACAGCCGCUCAUCAGCAACUCGCUGGCCAUCCGCCAGGAGAUCCAGCGAUUCGAGAGCGUCCACCCAUCGAUCUAUGCCAUAUACGAUAUGAUCGAUCUGCUGCCGUUAGCCGAUGCCCGGAUAGCCCAGUCCAUCCGGGAUCAUGUGGUCUGCAUUGAAGAUUCCUUUGUGAACAGUCAGGAGUGGACGAUUUCUCGAUCGGUACCCGAUUUGAGGCUGGGAAUCGUUGGUUCCCUCAACUCGGGAAAGUCGGCCCUGGUGCAUCGCUAUCUCACGGGAUCCUACAUGCAGGAGGAGUCGCCCGAGGGCGGUCGCUUCAAGAAGGAGGUCUUCAUCGACGGCCAGAGCUACUUGCUGCUCAUUCGCGACGAGGGUGGAGCUCCCGAAAUGCAGUUCGCUGGCUGGGUGGAUGCGGUAAUCUUCGUGUUCAGUCUGGAGAACGAGGGCAGCUUCAACACCGUCUACAACUACUACACGAAAAUGGCGCAUUUUCGGAAUGGCCAGGAAAUACCCAUGAUAUUGGUGGGGACGCAAGAUGCCAUCAGUGAGCGCAAUCCCCGCGUGAUCGACGACACCCGCGCCAGGAAAUUGGCCAGCGAUCUGAAGCGCUGCUCCUACUACGAGACCUGCGCCACCUAUGGCCUAAAUGUGGAGCGUGUCUUUCAGGAUGCCUGUCAAAAGAUCCUCUCGCAGCGCCUGCCCUUGCCACCACAGGUGCAACCGGCGAGACCGACGACCCCGCAGGGCAAUCGCUUGGGUCUGGCUCCUUACCAGGCACCCACCAACGGACAACGUGGCCAGCAACAGCUGCCACUGCGAAUGAGUGCGGACUUCGCCCAGGCGGAGCAGAAGCUGUGGUCUCUGCAAGCCGCGAGCAGCUCCACCACCAAUGAGAACAACAACAUCACCAAAUACAAUCCCGGAGCGGCCAGCUCGCUGCAGGGCGAUUGCUCCCAGGUCCAGCUGCGGGAUCCACGCGAUCUGGCGCCACCGCCGGGCAAGGAACUGCCCACGCCCACCUCGACGCCAACGACGAGCCGCAAGAGUCGGCGACGCUCCAACCUGUUCAUCCCGUCCUCCUCGAAGAAGGCGGACAAGGAGAAGGAGCCGAAGAGCAGCGAGCUGGGCAGUGGACGGUCCAUUCCCAUCAAACAGGGCUACCUGUACAAGCGAUCCAGCAAGUCCCUGAACAAGGAGUGGAAGAAGAAGUACGUGACGCUGUGCGACGACGGCCGGCUCACCUAUCAUCCCUCGCUGCACGACUACAUGGACGAUGUGCACGGCAAGGAGAUCCCGCUGCAGUACGUCACCGUGAAGGUGCCGGGACAGAAGCCUCGUGGCUCCAAGAGCAUCAUCACGAACAGUGCGCUCACCAGCUCACUGAUGGCCAAUAGUCAAAGGGCCCAGAACACGCUGAGUGAUGGCAUCGGUUGCCUCACCCUGGCCAAGGACAAUCAGCGCAAGCUGAGCGAGAAACUCUCCCUACUUGGAGCCGGAUCCGGAGCAGCUGGCGCCGGUGGAGAGCCGCUGAAGUCGAACAGCUCACAGCAGACGAGCGGGGACGAGGGCAUAGCCAUGUCCAAUUCAAAUUCGCAGACUUUCAUCGCCGGCGAGACGGCCAAUAAGUUGGAGGCCCAGACGCCGAAUGUGAAGAAGCGCCAUCGCCGCAUGAAGAGCAGCAGUGUGAAGGCCAACGAGGCGGACGACAACGAUGGCUAUGAGUUCUACAUCGUGUCGCUGGACUCCAAGCAGUGGCACUUCGAGGCGGCCAAUUCGGAGGAGCGCGACGAGUGGGUGGCGGCCGUCGAGCAGGAGAUCUUCAAAAGCCUGCAGAGCAUCGAGAGCAGCAAGACCAAACAGGCCACCAGCACGGAUCUGGCCGCCAUGCUGGCCAUCCGUCAGCGGGUUCCCGGAAACGGAUUCUGCGUCGACUGUGGAGCGCCAAAUCCUGAAUGGGCUAGCUUGAACCUGGGCGUACUCAUGUGCAUCGAGUGCUCGGGCGUGCAUCGCAAUCUGGGCUCGCAUAUAUCCAAGGUUCGCUCUCUGGGCCUGGAUGACUGGCCAUCCCCGCAUCUAAGUGUGAUGCUGGCCAUUGGCAACAGUCUGGCCAACUCCGUCUGGGAAUCGAACACGAGGCAACGGGUGAAGCCCACUUCGCAGGCCAGUCGCGAGGAGAAGGAGCGAUGGGUGCGCAGCAAGUACGAGGCCAAGGAGUUCCUCACCCCGCUGGGCAGCGGAUCCUCAGCGCAUCCCAGCCCGAGUCCGGGUCAGCAGCUGAUCGAGGCUGUGAUUAGGGCGGACAUCAAGUCGAUUGUUUCGAUCUUGGCCAACUGCCCGUCCGAGGUGACCAAUGCGAAUGUGAGCGCCAGGGAUGUGCGCACUCCCCUGCUGCUGGCCUGUGCCAUAGGCAAUCUGGCCAUAGCACAGCUGCUCAUCUGGAACGGCGCCAACAUCAAGCACACGGAUCACGAGGGUCGCACCUGCCUGGCCUACGCUCGAGCGGCACAGUCUCUGGCCACCGCCAAGUCGAUCAAGGCCGCUGCGGCUGCGCAGGCGGGCACCACGAUUCCGGCGCCCGCUCCGCCCACAAACGGUGGCAUUCCUGCUCCCCAGUACAAUGUCGAGGACACGACGGCGCUGGUGGAGCUGCUCGAGGGACUGGGCUGCCCAGAGGCGGCUCCUCUGACGGCCAGCGGCACCUUGCCGAGGAGACGCGACACGCUGGGCACGCCCUACGAGAAGUCCGUGUCGGGUGUGAUCUGAAUUAGUUAAAAUUUAAAUAAGAUUAACGUGAAUUUUCGUAGCAAUUGUACAAUUCAUUAGAUUUUGUUGUUCGUAACGAAAUUAGUUUAAAUUCGCCCGGAAAAUUUGUAGAGCGUUUAGUGUGUUAGGUUUUAGGAAUGUUGUGCAAAUGUGUUUUAUAUUAUUAUUUGGCAAGCGUUGAAUGGAAAUUCACAAGUUUUAUUUAUGUUUUUUUUUAGUUUGUUUAGUUUGUAAGCCACAAAAAACCUGUACAGUCUUGUUGUAAUCUCAAGUGUAUAAUUUAUUAUUUUCGUAUUACGUAUUACCUACUAUUAUUAUUGUUUUUAUCGUGUGCAGGUUUUUAUAUCGUUUGCAAAACAAUUAUUUAGUAAUAUUACCUUGUAACUCUCGAUAACCAUCAGCAGAUUGCAAAAAGACUUCACGACAAAUGAAAAAACAUACUUAUACACCCUUAACAAUAGAUAAAAGCUGAUGCAAAUUAUACGUAAAAACGAAAUGAAUCUAAGAUUAAAGCCAAAAACAAACUUAUGCUAAACAAUAUACACGAACAUAUAUCUAUUAUAUACAUAAAUAGUUGAAAUUGCUUGAUAAUCGGUUUAAACAAAUGAACACGCCCAAAAUGUAGCUUAUGCUGAACCAAACUCACAAAAUUCUUUGCUAUAUAAAUUCCGACAAAAAAGAACUCGUUUAACGGAUUAUACUGCAGAAAAUAAGCUUCUGAUGGUAUAAAAUCUGAGUAGACAAAAAUUUAUUUGAAAGUAUUUCAAAACUAUUAUACAAAAUAGUUAUAAAUCAAUCUAUAAAUAUUACUAUAUGUAUACACCCCCUAUAUUGUGUACGCUAUUUGUACGAAUUACAAACCACACAACGUGACAAACUCAAUCUAAUUGGAAGGAAAAGUAGCACACAAAAAUCACAAAAAAACAACAAAAGAAAAACCCUUCAAUAAAAAUCUAUUAAACAUUUUAAAA